UUGCUAGCAAUUUCGAUGAAUAAUUCAAAGUAGACCCAUUUGAAAAUUGUUUAUCCAAACAUGACAUAAUCAAACUAGAUCAAUUCCUAAUACAACAAGUUUAAAAACGAGGGUAGACAAUCAUAUGAGCUAUGGCCUCUACAAAUGAAAAUGAUGAUAACCGUUCUCUUUUAUAUUUGAAGAACUUGACACUACCCUCGGUUGUGGUGAUAGCAGCGAAUAUGGGUUGUAAUGUUUGUCAAGGAAGAGUAUCCAGAGUUGUCUCAAAAAUGACUGGGAAAACUCUUCAGGUGAAAUGGAGGUUUUUAUCAAAUGGCUUUGCUUGCCAGAUACGGAGUACAGCUGGGACUGUGACUGGAAAUCUGCAGCCGGCAUUCAAGGAACAUUUCCUCACUUUCACCUUGAGGACAGAGUGGGAUACCGAUAGACAGUGGUGUCCAACUGGGAGAGUAUGUGUAGGGAGAAAUACAAGGACAGCAAAGGGUCCCAGCCUUUCGGUUAGAGUUAGUUAAUAGUAAGACAGUUACAAGAAAUGAAUAACUCUAGAAUAGUGGAUAGUGGUUAUGAAAUUCCAGAAUAAGAUAAAUGAAUAACUAAUUUUAUGGUCAUACAAUUAUCAUCAAUCGUGUAAAAGAGUAACUUCUUUCUGGGCUCAAUGCUAGUUACCAAAUAACGAAUGAUGCAUCCCAACCUUAUUUCAUAUUUCUAUAAGGCAAAAGAAUGGAAGACAAUAAGAUCAAA